AUGCCCGCGUCUUCCGACCACAUGCUGCCGCCGCCGGCGCAGGCGCCGAUAAAUCCAAUGUACACCCGAGGCGGUAACAGAGCGUUUCACAACUACUACAACGACUACUCCCACAUCGCCGACGCCAACUUGCGCCGACGACUUGCCCUAUCAGACGUUGACAAGGUUCCCUUUGGAACGUGCCAUGUUCGAGCUGUUCUCGUCGCUGGCGCCGGCUUCCUUUUGGAUUCCUAUAGUAUCUUUGCCAUCAACUUCGUCAUCCCUUUGGUGGGUCUAGCAUAUUACAGCGAAGAGGGUGAUGGCAGCGGCGAUAUGCCCGAGACCAUCAGUCAAUCUUUGAAGGCUUCUACAAGCGCUGGAAUCGUCAUUGGAAUGAUAUUGUUCGGCUGGUUGGCUGACACAUAUGGACGCCGUCGCAUGUACGGCAUCGAACUCGGCGUUGUCAUAUUUACAAUUUUCAGCUGCGCGAUUGCUUCCGAGAGCCCUUCUAUGAGCGGCCCGGGUGUAUUAAUAUUCUGGCGCGUGCUACUGGUACGCCUAUUCAUGCCUGCGUUCCAGUUAGAGACUAAUUUCCAGCAGGGCAUCGGAGUUGGAGGCGACUAUCCUCUUGCCAGCGUCAUCACUUCCGAAUUUGCGCCAACUCGAUGGCGUGGUGCUCUGGUGGCGGCCGUCUUCUCCAUGCAAGGCCUCGGUCAGCUCAUGGCGGCCGUCGUCGCCCUCAUCACCACUGUCGCUUUUCAAGGUUCAUACGACGGUAUCGGUCCCAACGGUACAUGCGAUGCCGCUUGUCGUGUAGCAGCCGAUCGCUCCUGGCGCAUCAUCGUCGGCGUUGGCGCUAUCCCGGCCUGCCUUGCCAUGUACUAUAGAAUUACCAUCCCCGAAACUCCCCGCUACACGUUUGACGUACAACACGACGUCGACAGGGCCGACGCCGAUAUUCGCGCCUAUGUAUCCAGCACUCGACCCAAGGACGUUGUUUCUACCAAUAAUGCUCACUACCACUCCUCGACUCUUUCCAUCCCCAAAGCGUCUUGGGCCGACGCCAAAGAAUUCUUCCUAAAACCACACAAUAUGCGUGCUAUGGUUGGGACAACACUAUCCUGGUUCUUUCUUGAUCUUGCGUUUUAUGGUUUGGGUUUGAAUAAUAGCGUGGUUCUACAUGCCAUCGGUUACGCCAGUGGCCAAACGUUGUAUCAUAAGCUGCGGAAUCGAGCCCUGGGACUCAUCAUCUUGACCAGCGCAGGUUCACUACCGGGGUACUGGACCGCCAUAUUGACUAUUGAUACAGUCGGGCGGAAGCCUCUCCAAGUAUUUGGCUUUCUUCUCCUCACGGCCGUCUUUUGCAUUCUCGGGUUCGCGCUGCACAGUCUUACAGAGCGGUCCACGCUCGCGCUAUACAUUGUCGGACAGUUUCUUUUCAACGCUGGGCCAAACACCACGACCUUUAUUUUACCUGCCGAAUGCUUCCCGACACGGUAUCGCGCCACGGCACACGGCAUCUCGGCUGCCAUGGGCAAGAUUGGUGCCAUUGUGGCUCAAGUAAUCAGCAUACCACUCCUCAAACAGGGGAGCACUACUGCGGCCGCAAGUUGUAAGGGGAGUCACUGCCCACAGUCUAUGGACCGUCUUUUACAGCUCUUUGCCUUGUUCAUGCUACUCGGCACUCUUGUUUCGCUGCUCAUUCCCGAGACAAAAGGCAUCACGCUGGAAGAGCUCUCGGGAGAAGCACACACGAGCUAUAACGACGGUUGCAAUGGUAGUGUCAAGGCAUUCCGUCGACCGCGUGCGUGGUGGCAUCCGGUAGAGCUUCUCGGCUUCUGCGGGGCAGGCGAACCUGCUGGGUUUAAUCGGCGCUCUUUUUGCUGGGGUGGUAGUCGUCAUGGCAGCCGCAACCACCAGUCACCUCGCCUCGGCAUCAUGUCGUCGCCGCAAAUGGUUGGAGCAUCUCCCGAGGCGACGGACAAGACGCGAUCGCCGCAGUGGCGAGUUCUCGGCCGUCGUGACAAGCGUAAACUGCACAGUACGGCGGACAGUGAAGACAUUGCCAUGAUGCGCCGCGAUGCCGGCACCGGUCCGGCGCGGGAUGAUGCGUCGGACGAAACGGCCUAUGUGGGUGCAGAUAAUAGUCGUACCAAUGUUGGGGCGAUGACGACAGCGGUUGGGAACGUUGAUGCUCCGGCGUGGGGCGCAGGUUGGGGUCGUAUUGAUCGAGGGCGAACAGCGCCUUCAUCAGAACUACAGGACGUAGGGAUGUUGCUACGGAAUCAAUGA